AUGAUAUCCAACCAAAACCUUGUUUAUCAACUUUUAACUGAUCCAAGUUUGACUGCAAUAAAAUCCAUUCACAUAGAAACAUGGUCUCCUCUUCCAACACCAUUAACAGCAUUACAUUACAACAGCAUGCCAAUCCAAACAAAAUCGAAUGUGUUCAAACAACAACAAUGGCAAGGACAUGGAAGCUGCUACCAACAACACUUACAGCCUCUGAUGUCAUUAGAAUGUGAUCCAUCAUUUCAUCAAAACUAUCGUACUAUGCCUUACCCAGUACCACUAAUGUCAUUACAACCUCAUUGUUAUCAUUCACCAUCUUCUGAUUCAAUCAAUACUCAAACAAAUCUUUAUAGCAAGCGGAUAUUCAAUCGUUUUCAUAAUAAUUCAAAACACCAUCGCCAAAUCAACCGACACAAAUAUUCUAAAAGUCAUUCUAAAAGUAAAUUCAAUCUCAAACUUAUUCAUAACAUCAACACAAAUCCACGAAUAACAGCAACAAUACAAAACGAAAUGAAAGAACCCGAAGAAUAUGAAACACCAUCAGUAGUUGAUGAAUCUCCACUAGAUAUCGACGACAUUAUGCACACCGAUAUGAUUGAACUAACAUAA